AUGAUUGAAAAAUCAAAAAUUCGAUAAAUUCUUCUUGAUAAAUCGUUAGGAUAAAUUUUGAAAGUGGACGGACCUGUAGAAUCAAUUCAAAAUGAAGAUCAACUUGUUAAUUUAUCGGCAUUCCAUUAACAUUUUCAUACAACUGCGAAGAGAGAGCAUUCUGCCACAUCCAGAUUCACAAAUAAAUUUGAAAAAAUAUAAGAUGAAGUUUGGAAGUACAUCCGACCUAGAACCCCAUCAGUCUCUAUUAAUUGCAGAUAAAGAGUUACGAUAUUUGAAGAAUAAAGAGAUUCUCAAUUACAGCAAACCAUUAAUUUUGCACUUCCCUGGGAACCAACCAAAAAGCAUAUUCCACUUGAUAAAUAAACCAAGAGAAAGUCAUGGCAUACUUAAGCAAUAAUGCCUGAUUUGAAUUGCGAUCAACCAAAACCAAAGACCAUUUGCUUCGUAAACUAUUCUAAAGGAUCAUUUAAUAAAUCAAGACCAACAUCAUAAUAUCACAUAGACGAUAGGAAGGCAACAUAAACAUACCUACAUUUGA